CUUACAUUAUCAGUAUGCUUUGAAGUCAGACAUUAACACAAGAUACAAAACUUUAAAAUUGAAACACUACUUUUACACUUGAUUGCUGUUCGUAAACUCUCAGAGUUGGAAAAAUGACCUUCUUUGAGAGGGCUUCGGAUGUCCCCCGGAAGGAAGCUUUCCUCACCGGAACCACAUACUUUGGCAAGUUUACUGAGCUGGGCAUGCAGGAUCACGGAACGUAUAGAUUUCCUGAUGGCACCCAGUACGAUGGCAAUUUUAUGAACAAUCGCUUUCACGGAAAAGGCAGCAUCCAGACAACGGGCCCCGAAGGCGUUACCUUCACGGUGACCCAUAAGCACGGACGGUUGAUGAGCAUCGACAAGAUCGAGUUCAACGAUCGCCUGGGUGUGGACUUUGAGAUAAAGAAGGAUCACACGAUUGGCUUCAAGCCGUGGAAAUACUGCACUCCCCAGGAUCGACGGUUCCAUAGGGAGAUAACGGGUACCAUGGAGGCGGUGGGUCCAGAGAGUUUCAAGUACAAGGGCGGAGCCAAUCCUCCCGCCUUGGCUCACAACAUAUUUGACCUGGGCUUUGGCCUUCUGAGCCGGCAGGGCUUUAUGCUAGACACCAAGGCCUUUAGCAACCAGAGCUUCUAUCUGGGCUGCCGCGUGGUGCGCCGAUGGAUCCGUGAGAACUGCCGCCACGGGAACCUGGCAGGCACUCACAUAAAGCAGAAGGUUCAAGCCCGCUUCACCCGCGACAUCAUGGAUAAGAACCUGAAGGCCGCCGGUGACAACUACAUUCCGCAGAGCCGCGUCUGCCGGCGCUCCACCAGCCUGGAUAGCUUCGGAUCUCGGAAAUCCACCCGCGUCCACCUGGAGAGCUCCAACGGCAGCUGCUCCUCGGAUGCUGAGCAGCUGCUGAAGCGCUAUCGCACUUGCGCCCAUAAGUUUCGUCGAUGCAAAAGUGAGAGCAGCGUGUGCCACAUCAACUGAUGAUAAUGAUGCAUCAUUCCUUUCAUGGGUUCGGUUUCUUUCGGUUCUAAAUUUGUGGCUUCAAAUUAAUAUAUAUACAUAUUGUGUA